AUGGCUGGUCAAAAAUGGAGUUUGUGUUUCCUAUUUCUCGCUUUUCUCUUUAUCACUUGCUCUUCGGCUGAGUUCGUCAUUCAACAGGUCACAGAGGGCAGAGGAACGGAGUACAACAGAUCUUACAGUCUCAAGGCGAAUCUUGGAGUGACAAGCAGUUUGAGAGAAGAGCGACCAUCGAGUAAGAUAGUGACAAUAACAAGCUUCUCUGUGAUUAAGGAGAGAUAUGAACCCUACGAAUCCUCUGUUUUUGAGGCUGCUGGUUACAAAUGGAGACUGGUUUUGUACGUGAACGGUAUGUAUGUAGACGGUGGAAGUGAUCAUAUAUCACUCUACGUGAAGAUCGAAUAUACACAAUCUCUUCCCAAAGGUUGGGAAGUUAAUGUUGAUCUCAAACUCUUUGUCCACAAUCCCAAGCUACGCAAGUACUUGACUGUAACAGAUGACACAGUGAAGCAAUUCAAUGAAGCGAAAAAAGAAUGGGGAUUUGCACGGCUGAUUCCUCUUUCAAAAUUCUACAAUACGAACGAAGGUUACAUUGAGCAGGACACUGCUUCUUUUGGUGCUGAGAUCUCAAUCGUUAAACCUGUCGAGCAACAAGAGAAAGUCACAUUCAUAUCAAACCCUCCAAACAAUGUUAUAACUUGGAAGAUACUUCAGUUCUCCAAUUUGGAAGACAGAUUCUACUACUCUGACGAAUUUCUUAUUGGAGACAGAUAUUGGGUAUUAGGAUUUAACCCGAAAGGGUUUGGAGACGGAAGACUGCAUGCACUUCCAAUCUUCAUAUAUGCUCAACGCUUUAAGCCUAAUGCAGUCGCUACAAACACUUGGGGAGCGGUUAAUCUGCGGUUAAAGAACCAACGAAGCACCAACCACAAACUAAAAUAUUCUGCAGCUUGGUACCCGCCUCGAAUCGGUUUGGGUAUGGGGACGCAUGAGAUCAUAUCGCUUACAGAUUUAAAUGACGCGUCAAAAGGGUAUUUGGUGAAUGAUGCCAUCAUCUUCGAAGCUGAGAUCGUUAAGCUCUCUGUGACCAACAUCGUUUCCGCUUAA